AGGUGCGGCAGCGACCAGAAAAUUAACACUAAUGAAGAGCGAAGUAGCUAUGGUGGAACAGAAAUAGUCGCUGGAAGUGAUCUCCGGAUAACUCCGUGACGUCUUUUAUGGACGCCAAUUUUUUCAGCGACGUCUCUUGUUUGUAAUAGAUCUGUCGCUGCGACACUAAAUAGCUCCGUCACCCACGUUUCGCUCCAUUAAUUAAUAGAAUCACUGUUAUAUUUUCUGUCGCUGCGGCAGCGGUUCUGAAACGAACAGGGCCCAUCUAUAUUUUUUUCUGGCAUAUAAUGUCGACUCCUAGAAAUUCGAACAACUUAUCCAUUUGAUGUUGUGUCCAAAUGAACUAGGAGUAACCGCUAUUUCUAUAGUAAAAACUAAUUUUCUAGACAUUUAUAGAAAUAUACUUACGAUGAAUUCAUUGAUAAAGACAGAAACUCAGUGCUCAAAGGCCAAAUGUCUCUUGCAAUAAAAGAAAAAGAGACAAAGUGUCUCUUCUAACAAACAGAAAAAAACAAGAGAUACUACAUACCCACGAGAUCGAAUCAGAUUCUUAGCAUACCCAACAAUCAAUAUAUGGUGUGACAAUAGUAUAAUUUUAUAGUUUUGAUACUGCAGAGAAUGGUUCUUUUCUUCACCUUGCAAACUUCUAAAUUCGUUCGGUUGAUCAAGCUUAUGUUUCAUUACAAUCUCUCAUUCUUCGCACAAGCAUCCUAUAAAACAACGUACAUACACUAGCUAUAGCCCGUAGCUUUUACAACGAACUCUUGAAUUUACCAUACAUAUUAACCGGAUUGUUUUAAGAUACCGAGACGAUGGCGUUGAACUGGGGACCAGUGUUAAUGUCGGUGAUUCUGUUCAUCAUAUUGACGCCCGGAGUACUGUUCCAGCUUCCUGGGAAGACCAAAGCGGUUGAGUUUGGCGGAUUUCAGACAAGCGGCGCAGCUAUAGUCAUCCACACUCUUAUCUUCUUUGCAUGCAUCACAGUCUCCCUUAUCGCUCUUCAUAUCCACAUAUACGCUUCCUAAUCAAUUUAACAUUGCCGUGUCCCUCAAUGCUAGCUGCAUCCUUAAUUUUAUAUCCGAAUCAUCAGCUUUGAUUUCUAAUUCCCUUUAAGUGUUCUCUUCCUUGUUGUUUUAUUAGUACCUUUUUUUGAACUACUAUUAGUAUUAGUACCUUCUACAAUCAUAUGAUUUCAUUUUCUUAUAUAUGAAUCAUCAUGCAUGGACGAGAACUGACAAUUCUUUUCAUAAAUUAGAAUCUAAAUAUAUCUAUGACUACGGAUAUUCCAUUCUUCAAGGCUAAUUAACAAAGUAUUAUAAUAUUAAGAUAUAUAGUAUUGACAAACUACUUGAUGAAAAUUGUUAUUAUGAAAUGUUGAAAACAACAUAUGAAUAUAUGAUAUAUAUCUUCAUGGAGAAGCAAUAUAUAAGUGAAUUGAUAAGUACCUCUCGCCACAAACUUGCGCUCAAUCGGAACAAGUUAUCGUCACGUCAAACAUAGUAGAUCAUUAUCAAUUUGUUUUGUUAUUUUUGAACUCAACAUCACAUCACCAUUUCAUCACUUAGUAAAGGUUUAUAUAUUUUGAUUGAUUUAGAAAUUUAUGUAGUAUUUAUAAAUUCAAGUAAAAUAUACAAAUCCGGAAGUUUUCCUCGGAUUUGAGUCUUUGUAUUUUUAACAAAAAAAUUCAAACAAAUCUAUUCAAAUCCAUUAUAAAAUCAAAUUUAUCAGUAAAUCCUUACGAUCGAAUAACAUUUAAUUUGAUAUAAAAUUUAUGAAUCAUUAAACCAAUAACAUAUUAUUUUAAUAGAGAUUUGAAAAUCAUAAAACUAAUAACACUAGAUUUAGUUUGGAUUUUCGAAUCCAUUAAAAUACAACCAUUGGCCCACUAAAGCU